UAGUGUUUAACCGAACGAGUAACAUCCCGUCGACCUCUGAUUACAAGUGACAGAAGACGACCUCUAAAAACAAUUGCGAUCAACUACGGAGGCUCAUUCAAGAUGUUUUCCCGACGAAUUGCGGCAGCGCGACCACUGCGAACUUCCAUCAUCCCACGUCAAACAACCCUCAUAUCACAAAGAUGUGCCAGCCAGGCAGCUGCCCCCAGCGGCCCAGUUCUACCAUUGACCGAUAUUGAAGAUCCCGGCAUGAAUGGAGGAUACAUCAACCCACCCAGAGUCAAGCGUCAAUUCCGUGACCCUUAUGCCGACUGGUGGGAUAAGCAAGAGCGAAGAAACUACGGAGAGCCAGUUCAUGAGGAUAACGACAUCUUGGGCAUGUUUUCACCAGAAGAAUACACACACCAAAAGGUUGGAACUGCUGGAUUUCAAUUUGGCCUGUUUAUUUUAUCUGUAUUGGGGCUUUGCACAGUCGUGGGCAUGAUGUACCCAGAUAAGCAAUCAGCUCCAAGAGAAUUUGAGGGUGGACUUGAGAGAGAAUUGGGUGGCCCAACUGCAGUCAGGGCCAGAGCUGCUGGAGAUCCAUUGUGAAGGAGGGCGGUUAUGUACAUAUGAAUAUCAAUUUGAGCAAGUUCCGAGGGACAUUCAUUGUGAACCACUAUAUGUUUUCAAACCUCCAUCAACUCCCA